AUGGUCCGUAAAAUGGGUAUAAGAGCUGUGUUGAGCCAAUUUGACGAGACCGGAAGCCCCGGUGCUCACAAAGCUAAGGAAAUAAGCGGGUGCGGACACGACGUAAAUCGUAGGGUGAGAAGAAUUACUAAUACUGAUUUACGAACACCCUCCCCAUUGAUAACAGAUUUAACAUGGAGUACUCGGAACGAACACACGCUCGUUCGAAAUAGCCCCCACACAAAGGAAUCGCAGGCACGUGACUUGAAAAUGGAAUCUAUUGGAUUAUUGUUACGAUUUAUCAAUAGUGAAGGAGGUUCAGAAGUGGACAACGCUGGCAAUACUUUACUUACGACGGCCGCCCUCUCCGUCCUCGCCAUCCUCGCGGUUCAUGGAGCCCCGGUGGCAAUUAUCGCGGUACGAAACUUUAUUCAAUUCGUUGUCGCCCGCUGGCUGCGCCCGAGGAAAUCAUUCCCACAGUGGAUUCCGCUUCAUUUGAUACUAGUACGAUACUGCUCGCGCUCCUGCUCCCCUGUAAGUAAGAAAGAUGGGGAGAGUUACGUCAAAGAGAUUGAAUAUCGAUUGUGGAGACGACAGCUAUCUGAGUGCGGGGAGGGAGGGAGCUGCCAGGAUUUAUGUUAUUGGCACACGGAGCUGGCUGAGGCGAUACGGGCCACGGGACUCACGAGGUUGAUAGCUGGACCACAGGAUGCCGGGGAAUUAAAGCGGAGUGAUUGA